GGUUGUUACAAAUUAGUGCUGGGUAAACUACUAAGUAGCCUUCGUGAAUGGUUUAAAGGAGAGAGUUAACUAUUUACGCCACGGGAGGUCAAGUGCUUACCUAUCUACACUGGCGCACAUUGCGGAAAUAGCUAUUACGAAUAGUAUAUGAAAAUGGACUCCAUCAUCUACCACCACAGAACUACAACAUCAGUCAAACAGAAACAACCAACACACUAACACUCAAGAGAUCCGGUCUUCCCAGCAGGAAGGCCAAGGAAAGUGAAGAUGCGCUCUUCCAAGGGAUCGAACCUCUGGCAAAAUAAGAUUUCACACCUUGAUGCGUUGAAAGAAAGGUCUCAUUAUACUUUCGUGGCUAUUGACAUUGCGAGACGGGUCACCAAGUUUGAGCCUCUCUGGAUUACUGAGAUUGGAGUUGCAGUCCUCUCCCCCCCUUUUGUUACCAAGAGCAUAAGUCCAGAUGCUCUUCAGUAUCAAACGCCCCAAACCUUCUUCGAGCAAAACACCGUCGACAGCUACUGGCUACCAAUCAAGGGAACGGAGCAAAGUGACAAGUGCCGAGACCAAUACUAUCUUGUCGAUGGUCAAGAAGUUGAAUUUGAGCAAGCUAAGGAUACACUAGUCAGCAUGCUGCAAAAGAUUCGGUACCGGUCCAAGAAGCCCUUGGUUCUAGUUGGGUACAAUUUCACCUUCGAACUUUUAACGAUUGACUGGCAUUUCUCCCAGAUCGCCCAGUAUUUCUCUCACUGGGUUGACUUGCGGGACAUCGUGGGACAGAUCUCUGAUAUACAACGACCCACCAUGAAAGAUACGCUUCUUACUUUUGGCUUCUUUUCGAAAGAGUUGGCUUUUCGAGGCAAAAAGGGCGAUCAUAAUGCUGGAAACGAUGCGGUUCACAAGCUGGUUGUCCUCGUUAAUUUGCUGCGUUUGAGCAUGGAAGACACUCUUCAUAUCCAGACCGAACCAAAAGACACAACUGCGUUACGAAGAUUUUGGACGAAGACUAGUGAGAGCCCAAAAGUAGAUUACCCCUACAAGGCCACGAUUCGCAUUGAGGGAAGAGCCGUCAGCAGUAGGGAUGACUCGGACUGGCAGUCAUGGCUGGGUAUGCCUGUCAACAGAAUGGGGACUACCUUCGCGCAGCUAGAUGAGCAGACCAGGAAGCUCGACGAGAGCACAAGUAACCGGAAUGAGGCGAUGAAAGGAACUGGGAAAUGUAUGAGAUGGUGUGACAUGGAUGUAUAGAUAGGCAGGGAUAGAUUUGGUUUCGUUGGCGUUGAGUGAGUAACUUGUUCCUCUGUCGAGCACAUCUACUAGGUGUCUAGUUUGGGACAAGUACUCAGGUGAUAUAUCCCAUCAUUUACAGCUUUGAAUGAGACCAGUGCAGG